AUGAUAAGGAAGAAUAAAUGGCUACAUAAACUGUUAUUCACCCCAUCCAUUGUCUACUUUUCUUCCUCUCCAUUCUCACUACGCUCUCUAAAGUUAACUCUUGCCUGUGCCAAGAUUCUAGUUGUUGUUUUUACAGACGGAGAAACCGAGGAAAAAUCCUCUCGGGAAUCUCCUAAUCCUUCUUCCCUUGCUAUUCAGCAUGAUGAAGAACUAAAGGAUGGAAGUGUUAGUAAAGCUUAA